UUUCGGCAGCCGUGACUAUUUAUACCCUUAGUUUGCAAAGCUUUCUCACACGCGUUUGCAGCGUCGAGGAGAGAUCGCUGACUUUUCUUCUCUGCGGGACGUGUGGAUUACCGUACUGGAAAUCAUCUUUCGUCCAGCUUCCAGCAGCGCCCCUUUGGCUACAGAGAGUAGGAUCGUCUGCCUAAAACCCUGAGAAAAAACUAGACUCUGCUGGAUUGCUUCACAGUGACUGCCUCUUGCACAAUGGGCAACCUGCAGAAUAAGAUGGAGAGGACAAACGAAAGGAACUGGUUGGGACCACAGUUCAGCAUAAAAGAGGCACGGAGUGGUUCCCAAAACCCUAUGGAAGAAUCUCCACUGGAGCCUUCCCAAGAGGAUCUUUUUGAGUUGGAUGAUGAGAAUUUCGUUCUGGCAUUGGAGAGCAGCAUGGAGGAAAAGAAGGAACCGUCCAGUUCUGACGUGCUGAACUUGCCACUUCCAGCGCAAGCAGAAGCACAUUGUGUCCAAGUUCCCCUGAACAGCACCCCAGGCGAGGUCCCAAAGCUGCGUAGAAGCAGGCGCCUCCUAAGACAGUCCUCCUCCACGUCCCUUGAGCCAGAGGACACGACCACUAUGGAGCCACCAGCAAAAAGGCAGAGGAUCUCUUUCGUGUGGAGAUACUUCACGACAACAAGCAAAUUUGUGGUCCAGUGCCGUGUCUGCCAUAGGGCCGUUCGCCUUGGGAGGCCUGAUGGUUGCCAACUGGUGGGAACCACUGCAAUGCACAGUCACAUGAUGAGAAAGCACAGGGACGUCCUUGAGAAGGCGUCAGAAAGUGGCAAGACUGCAUCUUCCAGGCCUCGAACCCGGUCUGUCUCGGGUACUUUGGGAUCUCACUCCACUCUUAACAAGCCAGCAGGAAGUGGCCAGAUGAUACCCUCCAGGCCUCACACUCGGUCCAUGUCAGGCAGUUCUCGAUUGCAGUCCACUCCGCUGACCUGUGUGGCAUGCCAGCCAAUGGAAUGCACUUUGCUAGAGAGCAACAGCAGCCAAGAUUUUGAGUCCAGAGAUGGCAACGCUGUGCUGGAGGACUGUGCAAAGGAAAGGGCACUACCAGGUCUCAAGGAAGGAGGAGCCUCUGGCUUCAAAAGGCCCCAAAAGAACCCACUUCAAAAGGUUGCCGCCAACAUGGAACCAUCAGUCCAUCGUGGGAAAACGUCUUUUGUGUGGAAACUCUUCGCCAAGGAUGCCAAUAGCAAAUUUGCGGCCCAUUGCAGUCAAACUGUUAGUCUUGGGAAGCCCAGCGGCUGCCAGCAGGUGGGAACCACCACAAUGCACAGUCACCUCAUGAAAUGGCACAGAGAUGUGGCUGACAAGGCCAAAAGAAGCAGCAAUACAACACGCUCCUUCCCUCCUAGGCAGAAAGAAAAGGCAAAUGACCGGCUCUGUGGAGGAAAGAUGGAAGAGCUAGACUUAGUGGCAACUGACGCAGGGGAAAGAGCAGGGGUAGCUCCUCACUUCGUCCAGCCGAGGGGCAGUGUGACAGCCUCAAAGAGAACCGCACAGGAGAUCCUGGGUGAGGAGGACGUCCUCGGCUCAGACGCUCGGCGCCAACGUUUCAGGCAUUUCCGCUACCAGGAGGCCGAGGGGCCCCGAGAGGUUUGCAGCCAAUUCCACCGCCUUUGCCAACAGUGGCUGAAGCCGAAGAGACGCACCAAGGCUCAGAUGCUGGACCUGGUGAUCCUGGAGCAGUUCCUGGCUGCCCUCCCCCCGGAGAUGCAGAGCUGGGUCAAAGAUUGUGGGCCGGAGACCAGCGCCGAAGCAGUGGCCCUGGCUGAAGGUUUUCUCAUGAGCCAAGCAGAAGACCAGAAGGAGGCUGAGGUGCAGGAGAUGUCAUCCAAAACAACCUCACGUUUCAUGGAGGCAGAGAACACCCUGCCAGAUGCCACCGAGAGGCCGCUGUUCAGGGAGAUCAAGCAGGAGGCUGACAUGGGCACCACCUUUCUGGGAUGUCAAACAACGUUUGGAGACAGCAGGAUGGCCCCAGAGGUUCCUUCUAGGCCUCCUCCUCUUUGUGGUGGACUGGAAAUGGCUUCUGCUCAGUUGGAACAGGCUCCCGUGUCCCUUGAGGAGGUGGUGGUGCAUUUCAAAGAGGACGAAUGGGCUCUGCUGGAUCCGGACCAGAGAGCGCUGCACAAAGAAGUCAUGGAGGAGAAUUAUGCGAGUCUGGUAUUUCUAGGACUACCAGUUUCCAAAUCUGACGUCGCUUUGCAGAAAGAAUGGGAAAAUGCAUUCCUUGAGGGCUCUGAAGAAGAAGAGACAUUAGCAGGUGAUGGGAGUGAUAGUGAUGAAGAAAACAGUCCUCAAAGAAAGAAAACUGAACAAAAGCAGAAGAAGCGCUUGACUUCUGCAGGGGCUGGCUUCUGUGAAGUUCCAAUACUGGCAGAACGUCAUGCAGGAAACAAAAGGAAUAUUGAGAAUGGAGAGAGACUGUUGAUGUGCUCAGAGUGUGGAAAGGGUUUCAUUGGCUGGAUGAACCUUACUAAACAUCAGAGAAUCCACAUGGGAGAAAAACCACAUGAAUAUUCAGAGAACAGGAAGCCAUUCUCUCGCAGCUCAGACCAGAGAUUCCAUGUUGGCACAAAGCCCUAUAAAUGCUCAGAGUGUGGAAAGAGCUUUGUUCAGAGCACGUACCUGAGAGUGCAUAAAAGAAUUCACACAGGGGAGAAGCCGUACAAAUGCUUCGAGUGCGGAAAGAGCUUCAGCUGGAGUGGAAACCUGAACAGGCACCACAGAAUCCACACAGGGGAGAAGCCGUAUCAAUGUUCCCAGUGUGAGAAGAGUUUCCGUCACGGAUCAAGUCUUAAACUUCACCAGAGAAUUCACGGAGGUGAACGCACUUUAUAAACAUCGAGGUUUUUGUGGAAUACAUACGUUAAUUCGCAUUACAAAACUUGCACUUGGGAGAAACUCAACGGCUAAGAGCAGGCAUAGGCAAACUCGGCCCUCCAGCUGUUUUGGGACUACACAUCCCAUCAUCCCUGACCACUGGUCCUGUUAACUAGGGAUGAUGGGAGUUGUAGUUCCAAAAUACCUGGGGGGGCCAAGUUUGCCUAUGCCUGGAUAGUGGAGUGUGGAUAUUCUGGUAUCCCUUCAGGAGAAAGCACAUGAAUAAUUACAGCAACCUUCACAAUCUGGUGCCCUCCAAAUGUUUUGGACUACAAUUCUCAUCGGCCGCGUGCAUCACAGCCACCGGGUUCUCCCAAAGAACAUGAGUGGUGUUUUGUAUUUUGUAGCAAAAAUCCACCUUCCCACCAAAAUACAGAACAACCACAUAGGAUUUGCACCAGCCUGGAGCUACGAUACUUUUGAAUAUUCAUUUAUCACUGCCCCGUUGUGUUUGAAAGGAACUAUUGGACAGCACUUUGAUUGACUUGUUUAUUUCUAGAGUUUAUUUCAUUAUGACUUACUGGCAUUGCAUUGCAGUAGGAUGUGAGGUUUUUCAUCGUUUCUGCAGCUCCUGGGCUGCCUCAUGUGUAGCAGUGCAGAAAGGCGAGUGUACUAAACCACAAAUGCAACACAUUGAGCUAUUUCUACUUAGUUUUGUACACAGCACACACAUUUUGAUAAAUAAUGACCUUUUGCAUUGCCUUGGCGACAUUUGAAAAUAUGUCUUAGAGAUGCCAGUUUUGUGCGGAUGCCUUUUGGAUAUCUAGACUGGAUUUGAACACAUCAGAGUUUCAGUUAAACGUGUUGUAAAUUUAAACAGGGAAAUCCGGGAGGGAAAGAUGGGACUCCACAGCGCCAUCUGGUGGCACAGUGUUAUAUUGCAUGCACAACACUUUAUCAGACUAGCAGAGUCCUUAAUGUGAUGAGCACUAUGUAUAUAAUGUGUUGUAUGUAUUCUUAUUUUGUUACUAUUUGUAUUUGUUAUAUAAGGUUAUUUUUAUCUGUUGAAUUUGCAAAUAAACGUUUUUUUUAAAUGAAACAAAA